CCCCUGCUGCAUAAAACGCCAGGCUUUGUGGAUCCCUACGCACAGGCGUAAAAAGGUAAGCAGAUGAACUACAAAAGAGAGACCGUGCUGUCCUUCCCCAGGUAUUUUCUCCCAUCAAGUGGAAACAAUGAACCCUGUGACGACUCCGUCUCCAGCGCCUAAAGCCGCAGCAGGAGGAUGGCGACCACAGGGUUUGAAGCUCUCUUCGCCGCUGCAACUACUGAGUGGAUUACAAUUUGGCAAAUUAUUAGAACCCCUAAGUGCUCGCCGCAACGAGCAGGAUCCUGCGGCGGGUCCACCUCCUGGUCCUCCAGGCUAUGCACUCAGUGUUGGACUGAGGACGAAUAAUUUUUCUAUAUGUGGCGGAGGAGGAGGCUCGAGUCGUUCCUCGAGUGGUUCGAGUGGUAAUAGUGCUUCGAAUGCAGGCAAUAGCAAUUCGAACGCAGGUAAAAGCAAUGUUAAGGGUCGUUGCAACAGUGCAUUUCUCAGGACUAUUCUUGGCUCUUUUUCAAGUCGAAAUUGACUCAGGGACGAUUUUCUCUGGAAUGCAAGGGCGUAGCCUCUAACAAAGAUGCUGGCGCAGAUCAACAAGGAAGCAACAGCGUGA